CAAAGUAGUCCCCGCGGAUACAGAUGGAUACCAACUCAAAAGACAGCAAACCUCUUGAAACCAAGGAGUCUGCUAUUCAUGAUGCUGAAAAUACCUCUUUAAUUUUGGGAAAUGGGAGGCCUGUGACUCCUAAUGGUUCCACACCAGAUAUUUUAAAGUCACCCUUGGACUUUUCCACAGUAACAGUAGAGCAAUUGGGAAUUACACCUGAAAGCUUUGUAAAGAACUCUUCCGGAAAGUCACCAUCCUACCUAAAAAAAUCCAGACGACGCUCUGCAAUUGGUGCUCGGGGCUCCCCUGAAACAAACCAUCUUAUACGUUUCAUUGCUCAGCAGCGGAAUUUAAAGAACUUGGAGAAAUCCUCAUUGACACAGAAUUCCCCAUUUCUGGGCAGUCCUGUACUGUAUCGCAAUGUUAAUUCUUUAAGAGAGCGAAUGUCUGCCUUCCAGUCGGCUUUUCACUGCAUAAAGGAGAAUGAAAACAUCAAGGACUGUCCUGAAUUCUCAGAGGCAGAAGGAGAAGUCAAGACAACAGGCUCAACCAAAAAGGAAAGUUUUGGGCAAUGUCCAAAGUUUCAGUUCGCUGCCGAUUUAUCUUCCAAACGUCGAAGGAUAUCCUCUCAGAGUGACUCUGACGAAACGCUCCCCGACGCAGUUCGUCUCCAGACGUCCGGGAGGGCCGCCCCUCCUCCCACGGGCACUGCGUGUGCUGCUCACGUGCCUCGUGCACAGCUCCCUGCGAAAUCUUUUGCAUCUGGUUUGCAGUCUGGAUAUUUGGAUGAAGAGUCUAUUUCACUUCCAGAUCUCACAGAGGCUUCGAGUGGAGUCGAGGUUGCUGAGUGUGUAGAGGGCAAGAGAUCAGGUGUUGCUGUUUCAGCCGACAGCUUGACAGAAGUGAGCACAGACACGGCUCCUGAAGCCCAGGCCCUGGUCACUCCACUCUGCAAGAGGGACGCUGCAUCCUCCGAGGCCUUUGUCCUUCGCUCUGUGCUAAAGAAACCCUCUGCUAACCUGUUUCUAGAAAGCCUGCAGGAACGCUGUGAUAAUCUCUGUGAUGAUGAGGUUCCUCCAAGCUUAAUCUCAAAUCUUGCAGGCCGUUGCAAAGAACAAACAACAGAAGGUCAAGAAAGCUGUAAAGUGCCAGCCUUUCUAAAUGUCAGGAAGAGGAAGAGAGUCACUUUUGGAGAGGAUCUCAGCCCGGAGGUGUUCGAUGAGACUUUGCCAGCGAACACUCCGUUGCGGAAAGGAGGAACACCUGUUCGCAAAAAGGAUUUAAGUAGUUUCAGUCCCCUGCUACUCGAACAGUCACCAGUUCCUGCGCAGUUACCACAGCCAGACUUUGAUGACAAGGGGGAGAAUCUUGAAAACAUAGAACCUCUUCAGGUAUCAUUUGCAGUUCUGAGUCCUCUUAAUAAGUCUUCAGGCUCUGAGACUCUUCCAGGCAUUGAUACCAUUAUUUCUUCAAAUAACCAUGAGAAGACAGCCUCCCAUAAAGUUGGUAGAAUAACACGGGCUCUAACACGGGCCUCUAACCGAAGAAGUCAGUUGAUCACUUUUGCAGAAGAGAAUGUUUGCAGCUUACUUAAUACAGAAGCUCAGCCCUGUAAAGAAAAGAAAACUAAUAGGAGGAAAUCUCAGGAAAGCAAGCACACGGAAAGAGUACGUCCUAAAAAGAGUCAAGCUUUAAAACGUUGCAGAAAGAAGAAAGCCAAGGGAAAGAAAAGUGUACAAAAGUCUUUAUAUGGGGAGAGAGACGUCGCCUCCAGGAAGCCGCCCCUAAGUCCUAUCCCCGAGCUGCCUGAGGUCUCGGAGGCGGCACCUCCCACUCCAGGCGCCGGGACGAUGUGUUCCGAUGAUUUUGACUCCAGUGGUGAACUUCAAGAAGCAGAGCUUCCUAACAGAAAGCAUCUUUUGCCUCAGAAGCCAGAAGAUUUGCAGAUGAGUCAAUGUUUCACUAAAUCCGAUCUGCCUGCAUUCUGCAGCUCUUUCACCAAAAGUUCCUCGUCACUUAUUGAUGCUGCUGUACAACAGGAUUUAAAUAUAAAUACCGUAGAAACUAAUAAACCUAAAACUCUUCCCAAAGCAGAAAUGAAGUCAGAAAGUGAAAAAGACGGGAGAGCUGGCCCUGAGGACGAGAGCAGUCCUGUUUCCUGUGCAUCUGUGACCACAGAGGCCCUGGCGUCCGACGAUGCGGGAUCCAGUGUGACCCUGCCGUCCCGGGAGCUGGCUGCCGCCGGUCAACACGUAGAAAACCUUUUUCAGAUCUUUAAAAUUUCACAAGAUGUGAAUAUAAAGUAUGAAAAGCAGGAUGACAUUGUUAUAGCUCCAGAAGGGAAACUGCCAACCACGCAUGCAAUGUCUGGCUCACAAAGAGAGGUCUUCGUUGACGGUGUAAAAGAAAGCAUGCGUCCGAGUGAGGGUUCGGGAAGACACUGCGGAGAGAGUAGAAGCACUGGUGUGAACGGGGGAGGAAAGAAGCAUAGAAGACGCUCUCUGUGUUAUUCUGACGGCCAGAGUUGCUGUUUGGAAAAGAACGGAAAGCACAACCCUCCCUACCUUGUGAGCAGCCCUGUAGAAGUGGGUUUAGAAAAUUCUGACCUCUAUAAAGAUUUAUCAGACUCCAUAGAGCAGACCUUUCAGAGAACAAGCAGGGAAACCAAAGUAAGACGGAGCACCAGGCUGCAGAAGGAUCUGGAAGACGAAGGGCUCGUCUGGAUCUCUCUCCCGUUUCCUUCUGCUCCCUGCACUUCCCAAAGGCUGAGGAGGCGAACGGUGUGCACGGGGGACAGCAGAGGCCUUGAAAGCGAGGCCCUCCCUGAAGACACGGAGCCUGCUGGGCAGCCCCCCGGCGCCGUGCUCCCCCCCAGCGCCGUGCUCCCCGGGUCCGCGUCCGGGGAAGAAAACAGGGCCGGCUUCGCCGCCGGUGCCCGCAGUUUACCUGGGAAGAGGAGGAAGAGCGCGUGUGUGGCCGCCCUCACCAAUACGAAAGGGCCCGCUCAGCCGAAAUGCUACAGGAGAAGCAGCUCUCUCCACCAGAGGCGGGAGUGCUCCCUGGGGGCCGGCCAAGGAGUGGGAGUCCCCACGGAGGCAACUAGAGCAGUAACUGGCAUUUCCUGAAGAAUGUUCGGGCAGCAGAGAAGGUAACCCCUCCGCCCCCGUGUGCCCAGAACAUUUCCUUCAUCCCGCUUCUCAUCCUCUGUCCAAAGUUUCAAAUAAAAUCAUUUGACUUGAACCUCUUA